AAAAAUCCUGCAAAAAUGUCUCUGUACCCAUCUCUUGAAGACCUGAAGGUAGACACAGUUAUUCAGGCUCAAACUGCCUUUUCUGCAAACCCUGGCAACCCAGCAAUUUUGUCUGAAGCUUCUGCUCCCAUCUCUCAAGAUGGAAAUCUCUAUCCUAAAUUGUAUCCGGAGCUCUCCCAGUACAUGGGCCUGAGUUUAAAUGAAGAAGAAAUCCGUGCAAAUAUGGCCAUGGUCCCUGGAGCACCAGUUCAGGGGCAGUUGGUGGCAAGACCUUCUAGUAUGAACUAUAUGGUGGCUCCUGUAACUGGUAAUGAUGUUGGAAUUCGUAGAGCAGAAAUUAAGCAAGGGAUUUGUGAAGUCAUUUUGUGUAAGGAUCAAGAUGGAAAAAUUGGGCUCAGGCUUAAAUCGAUAGAUAAUGGCAUAUUUGUUCAGCUGGUCCAGGCAAAUUCUCCAGCUUCAUUGGUUGGUCUGAGAUUUGGGGACCAACUACUCCAGAUCAAUGGGGAAAACUGUGCAGGCUGGAGCUCUGAUAAAGCACACAAGGUACUCAAACAGGCUUUUGGAGAGAAGAUUACUAUGACUGUUCGUGACAGGCCCUUUGAACGGACAGUUACCAUGCAUAAGGAUAGUACUGGACAUGUUGGCUUUAUCUUUAAAAAUGGAAAGAUAACAUCCAUAGUGAAAGAUAGUUCUGCAGCCAGAAAUUGUCUUCUCACAGAACAUAACAUCUGUGAAGUCAAUGGGCAGAAUGUCAUUGGGCUGAAGGAUUCUCAAAUUGCAGACAUACUGUCAACAUCUGAGACUGUAGUUACUAUUACAAUCAUGCCUGCUUUUAUCUUUGAACAUAUUAUUAAACGGAUGGCACCAAGCAUUAUGAAAAGCCUGAUGGAUCAUACCAUUCCUGAGGUUUAAAAGUCAUGGCACAAUGGAAACUUCACUGAACUCCAGUUUACUUCUUGGGCAACUUAACUUCUUUAUAUUAUGCACAUGAAGCUUCCUAGGAGCCAGAGAGCAUAUGCUGCAUGAAGACCUUUCUAUCUUACAUUAUGGCUGGGAAUCUUACUGUUCUGAUUGGAUAUCUUGUUCACACUUCAAGAUCAUUGUAGCCUUAUCCUGGUUUUACUGAUGUGAAACUUUGGACAGAUUUUAACUGAUUUUCAUAGAGUAGUUUCUCUACUGGAAACCCGAUGCUUUUACAAGCCAUUAUGAUUAGAAUGACUGAUACAGGCUUAGCUCUGUGUUAGAACCAGUCACCUUUAUCUUACAUAUCAAGUAGUGCUGUUCAUAUUACUUUAGUUCUAUGGUAUAAUUGCAUUUUUAAUGUGUAACCAUAGUACAUGUAGAAUGACUGCUUUUGAUGUUUUUUUAGUUCUGUGUGUGUGUGUGUGUGUGUGCGCGUGUAAAAUACCAAUUAAAUACACUGGUUUCAUUCCAUGUAAGCAUUAUACAGUGUAUGUAGGUUGCUAGAGAUUGUGUUGAUCAUCAUUUAAUUAGAACUACCUUUACUUAAUAUGCUUCAACUGUCGCCUUAACUGUGUUAAGCAUCUAGAAUAAAAGCCAAAAUAUAACUAUUGCUGCCUUUCUAAAACCCAAAAUGCAGUUCUGUGUUAAACUGAAAUGUACACUAGCCCAGAACAAUGUAAUGGUACAUACUGAGCUAUAGCAUAGCUGCUUAGUUGCAUUUGAGAUUUUCUAGUCAGUUGUGUAAUGGAAAUUUCUUUCUUUUAAAACUUACCGGUAUUACUUUCUGAGAAAUGAUUCACUAUAUAUUAAAUGUAAAAAUUCUUAUACCAAAUAGGAUAAA